CUCAUAGUCUUACUACCUGGAUACAGUCCUAUCAUUUUAGGAGAAGGAGGAGCUCUGAUGACUACUUUACACCUACUAACGUCUCCCCUGCUUUAAGUAACAAUAAGGACAUUGUUUUGAGGGAAUUCCUGGCCGUGUUAUUCAAUUCUUCCGUCUCCAGUAAACUUUCUUUUUUUCCUUCUUUCUCCACGCUUAUGUCGUCCUGCUCCCUUUUAAGGCAGAAAGAAAAGGAAAUUCCUGGAGUCUGCAGGUGUAAUUUGACCUGAAGCAAGAAAACUGGUGCAGCAGGCCUGAGAAUCACACAGGGCCAUUAGCACACAGAUUACGUGAAUCUCCCAGCAAGUGUUGUUUUGUCUAGAAGAAAACCAUCUUUCUAGAAAGAGCAAUGCCCUACAUGGAUCUUAUUCGAAACUGGCACCAGGCAGUGCAAGCUGUGGACCGGAAAGAGUGGAACCUGGCCCUGGACAUCCUGGAAAACAUCCCUGAACCCACAUCCAAAAUAUUUUUUACUAUGUCCUCUAUAUAUCUGCAUCUUGGAUACCUGGAGAAGAGCAUUGAGGCACUCAACAAGACUCUUGAAAAAGACAAUUGCCUGGCUGUGGGCUUUUUCCAGAGGGCUGCUGUCCACAUGCUUACAGGAAGGCUCGAGCAGGCUUUGUCAGACUGCAGUCUAGCUCUGAAAAACCAGAGGGGAAACCCUGUUAUUGAUUACCGGCAACUUGGCUUACGCUGCAAGCUGCACAACUGGGAGGUGCUCUACAACACUGCUGCUGUCUACAGUCAGCUAGGCCAGUGGGACAAAGCUCUGGAAGUACUGGAGGAAGCAAUUAGACAAAAACAGGAAGACCAAGAUACAGUCCUGCAGUCUGCAAAAAGCCAAAUAUUGCGCCAGAUGACACUUAAGCCUCUACUGGUCCCUAAAGGAGAGAUCUUUCGCCCCAAACAGCAGGAUGUGGAGCAGCUGGACCAGAGAGACUUUCUUGGUAAACCUAGGGUUAUUUCCUCAAUACUCCCAGAUGAUGACUUUGCUGGGUUUGAGGCUCUUAGACCUCAGAAACCAGGAUUUUAUGAACCUGAAACGUAUGACAAUCAAGAACCCCGGUACUUCACUGUUAUAUCUGGCUACUCCGAGCAGAGUGCCAGUGAGCUGCAAGUACAGCCUGGAGAUACAGUAUUUAAGUUGGACCAAGGACAGCAAGGCUGGUCAACUGUAAUUCAUGAUGGGAAGAAAGGCCUGCUUCCUACAACCUGUCUCCAGCCUAUGAGCACCAGUGAGUUGAACAAAAAGCUACUGAGUGGAUUAUUGAAAGGGAUUCCUCUACCUCGGCCUCCUGGACACACACCUCCAGGUCGCCCUCAAACCAGUGCCAUUUUGCCACCCUUAGGAAAAACCCUGGAUAUCAAAGCCUCAUCUUUAACAAGCAGACCUCCUGAAUGGUCAAGCCCACCAUAUAGAAUAGCCCCGGGUUACCAAGCCAUGCAGGAGCAGGAUGUCCUUGAAAUUGGCACACAGAGAAAUGAUGCCCUACUGAUGGAGGUCCACUACACCAGCAAAAUGGAAUUUCGAAUCCAUACAAGAUCCAGCUAUGGUGAACUGCAAGACAGGAUCAAGAAAAAGCUACAGCAGCAGCUGGAGCGACUGCAGUUCAGAGUAAGAGAGAUGGAAAGCCUGGAAUGGAAACCUGUUACUGCUGAGGCCGACCUCAAGGAAUUAUGGGCAAAUAUUGAGGGGGGCAAGAUUGUUGUUAUGUGUCAGCAUAAUGAAGCCCUCUCUGGUCGGAAAGUGCUCUAUCAAGCUGAGGCACUCUAUGACUAUUCUGGACAAGGGCCUGAAGAUUUAGACUUCAUUAAAGGAGACAUCAUCGACAUCCUAUCUGAAGUAAAUGAAGACUGGCUGGAGGGACAUAUCGCUGGGCAUGUGGGAAUCUUUCCAAGAUGCUUUGUUACCAAGGAUGCUGAAAUCACAAACAAUGAGACAGAGAGCCCUGCUGUGUGAGCUCUAGCUAGUCAGAACUGUCACCUGAAAGUGACAAUGACUGAGCUUAAAGCUACCCAGUAGGGCAGCCCACCACAGCAACAAAAUAUACAUCAUGGCAGGCUAUUAAAAUACUGGAAGGGAUUUGAAGGAGACCUAAAGUGCAGUAAUUCAGUAGUCCUUUCUAGGCACCACACUCAAUAAAUAUUGAGUUGAGUGAAGCUGUUUUUUUUACUCCUAAUAUAUUUUAUUUUCAUGUGCAACAAUCAUUCAUUUCCCCAGUCAAAUACAGAGUGGCAAGGGGAAGAACUCCAUUCUGAUAGCUUUGUGUGCAACAAGGGAACAACCCUCAGCAGGGCAUAUUCACAGACACUGGGCCAAUGCCAUGUGGCAAUUACCCAACUUAUGCAUGUUUGGAGUGUGGGAGAUAACUGAAGCACUCACAUUGAUACAGGGAGAAAAUGGACUCCACAUAGACAGUGAUGUGAACCUAGGAGCUGUGAGGCAGCAGUGGUAACUGCUACACUGUCAUGUUGCUACACUUCCUCCAAUAUUAAGAUAUAACCUCUAUGCUGAAGUUGUUCUCUUCCAAUCAUUCUUCUUCACUGAAGCCAUCUGAUGGUCACGUUGCUUGCAGUAUCCUGUACUCAAAAUAUUGUGUAGUUUUCAUGCAAAUUUGUUUCUUUAUCUGUACUAAUGAAUCAGAUUAUUACAA